AUGGUUUGGCUGCUGGCGUGCACGCGCAGUCUGCAUUUAGAUAGAAUAUAUUCUCUAAAUGGCUAUUUUUAUUCCUCCUCCAAACAGAAACUGGGUGAAGGACUAGCAAAGCUGCGGACGGCGAGAGAGGCUCCGUCAGACUGCAUGUGCCCCCCAGGCCCUCCGGGGAGGCGGGGGAAGCCUGGCCGGCGCGGAGAACCCGGACCUGCAGGGCAGUCAGGACGCGAUGGUUACCCGGGGCCUCUUGGUUUGGAUGGCAAACCAGGACCUCCAGGACCAAAAGGGGAAAAGGGUGAAGCAGGGGACAUCGGCCCAAGGGGCGAUCAAGGUCAAGAUGGAGCCACUGGCCCCCCUGGUCCGCCAGGACCCCCAGGUGCCCGGGGGCCUCCUGGUGACACGGGAAAAGAUGGCCCAAGAGGACCUCCAGGCCCCCCUGGUUUCAAAGGCGAGCCGGGAGAGGAUGGCCUCGUGGGUGCCAGGGGACCUUCAGGACCAAAGGGUGAGCCUGGCAUCCAAGGGAAAAAGGGUGAUGAUGGGAUCCCUGGGGAACCAGGACUUAUGGGCCCUAAGGGAGAAAAAGGAAGCGCGGGUCCCAAGGGAGAGAACGGCACAGAUGGCUUGCCAGGACCCAAGGGUGAACCUGGUGAGAAGGGAGGAAUUGGCUCCAUCGGACCCCGGGGUCCCCCCGGCCUGAAAGGGGAACAGGGCGACACCGUAGUGAUCGACUAUGACGGCCGAAUCCUGGAUGCGCUCAAGGGUUCGCCAGGUCCCCCAGGGCCACCGGGCCCCCAAGGCGCUCCAGGUCCCAAGGGAGAGCUGGGCUUGCCGGGUCCACCUGGACUGGACGGUGAAAAGGGUCCCAAAGGAGCGAAGGGUGACCAGGGCAGCGCAGGGAUCACGGGACAGAAAGGAGAGACAGGAGAAAUGGGAUUAUCGGGUCCACCGGGAGCAGAAGGGCCAAAAGGAGACAAAGGAGAAAAAGGAGACACCGGCUCGCCGUGUUUGCAGAAUAAUCAUAUCAUACCUGAGCCCGGACCCCCCGGAUUACCUGGCCCUAUGGGUCCUCCAGGAAUCCAGGGGCCUAAAGGCUUGGACGGUGCAAAGGGAGAAAAAGGCGACAGCGGUGAGAAGGGGGACCACGGUGACGCUGGACCCGCUGGUCUCCCCGGUGCUCCAGGGCUCAUCGGUUUACCCGGUACCAAAGGCGAGAAGGGAAAGCCAGGGGAGCCAGGAUUGGAUGGUUUCCCAGGUCUCAGAGGAGAGAAAGGAGAGAGAAGUGAAAGAGGGGAGAAGGGUGAGCGAGGAAUACCGGGGAGAAAAGGAGCCAAAGGGCAGAAGGGGGAACCAGGCCCUCCCGGACUGGAUCAGCCUUGUCCUGUGGGAGAUCGUAGCAUUGCAGGCAGCAAAAGGGACCCAGGUUUACCAGGCCUGGACGGGGUGAGCGUGCCCUGCCCUUUGGGACCAGACGGACUGCCAGUAGCAGGAUGUUGGCAUAAGGGUGAAAAACUCUGGCUGAAAACAAAGAAGAAAAAAAGGAUGCAGCCCUAGAAUGAAAGAAGCUGCUGUGUACCAUCUGGUCAAACAAGAGAAGGACUUGCAACUUGCAGAGGAAACAAAGCCAAGCUCCAUUCAUUGCUACCUGCUGUUGAUGUGAUGGAAAUAGCAAUUCUUUGGCUAAAGAGAACAACCUUGACUACCUGUGGUUAUUUCCACUACUAUCAAGAAAAGCUUUUUUUUUCUCAAGAGGAAGCACCUCUGGGUCCUGUUCUGGGGUCUGUGGCUGAAGAUGUGCAAAGCGCUUUGUUACUGUGGAACCCAAAUUCCCCAAGAAACCUCCGCUGCAGAAUUUCAAAACACAAAAACCUAGCAAUACUUUCAGUGUAGAGAGUUGCAGGACAGGGAGGGCUCUGCUGAAGUCUUUUCUUAAACAACAGAGCACAUAAUGUUGCUGUUGGGGUUCCCAAAACUUGGGAGUUUGGAGUAUUUAAUUGUUUUGGUUUGUAGGGUUCAUUUGUGUUUGAUUUUUCUUGGUUUAUGUGGUUUUAAUUGUAAACUCUGUAACUCUGCACACUCCUCUUGUCCUCUUCCUUCUCUCCCCUUUUUCGGUCUCUUUCUUUAAAUUAUCUCAUCUCAGGCACAUCCCAUGCAGAGCGGGGUAAUGAAUAAAAGGAGGAUUAUGAUUUUUAUAUCUGCAUAUGGCAUUAAGUGAGAUCAAUUAAAAAUUUGCAAACUAUUCCACUGUUCACAUUUUUAAAGAUGUUGAAAAAAAUAGAGAUUGUGCAGUAAAAAGCCAUAAAAAAUUACUUCAGGGAGGGAGAAAAUGGCUUACAGCCAAGUCUGUUCAGCUUACAAUGAAGAUCAAGAGGCAAUCAGAUUUCUUUACAGGGAGGAGAUGCUUUAUAUUAACAAGUUCUUAAAUUGAACAGAGAAAGAUAUACAAAUAUCCAUCCAACGGGUGGAAGGUGAAGCUACACAAAAUCAAAUAAAGCAAGCCAUGGAUUUUUAAUGGUGAGACUGGUUAAUCCUAACCAGACCAGUGACGUAAUCCCCAUCACUCUAAUGCCUUUUUGAUUUAACAGAUCACUUCUGGAGGAAAUACUUUAGCCCAAUACAAGUUGCUAGGCUCUAUGUAGGAGUCUUAGGUGAAAUUAAGAGCCUGACCGUGAUAUCAAACCAGAUGAUGUAAGGGCUCUUUGCGGCCUUGAUUUAGAGAAUACAGAAGGGAGUCAUUUUUGGUGUAUUUGAGUAGAUCGGAACCCUUUGUUAGAUCCUUGUUCCACUGCAUUUCUUAUGGCAGCUACUGCCAGAGAGGACUUGAGCGAGGGAUGCGACCGUCCAGGGGCAAUCCGCCCUGUACAAGCUGACCUAAUGCUAAGGUAGUUCUUGCUCCGAUAUUCUGAAGAACAGUAGGAACAUGCUCAGUGCUCCAUGCAGGUAGGGUGACGUUUAAUUGAUGUCUGUGAGUUCUUAUCUGUGACUGGGUCCUAGUUGUCCUUGAGUUUAUCCUUCUAGUAAGCUGGGAGCAUUUGUUAUCUGCCGGUAAAUGCUGAAAUGGCCAUCUAGCUUGGUAGAUGUGGACACAAAAGACAUAGCUGUAGGCAGUGAACUUUUGUUACCCGUCUUUGAUAGCUGCUUAGGGUCUACACCUACACAUUGCUUGCUUUGUGGCUAUACUUUGCACCUUUACCACUUACUGACCAUUUUCUUGGUCACCAUAUAGAUUAAAUCCAUGUAAAUUCAGAUCAACUAACAAAUCAAGAAACAAGAAUUAUGUAACUCAAAACAGCAAUGAAAAUGCAUUUUAUUUACUUCCAUUUCAUGUUGUUAGCUAUCACUUUUGGUGUAGGGGUUUUUAAAGGCAUAAGGAGCAGCUGAACAAGCUCCCACUGGCUUUUAGUGCUUUUGAAAAACCCCUUUACUGUCCCAAAUUAAAGCUAAAAAUCUUCUUCUGUGGAAGGUUGAAGGCAAAUCUCUCAUUGAUGUCACCGGGAAGAAGAUCUGUAAUUGUUCCCUUAAUAUACAGUUGCUCUUCCCAUCUCCCCCAGUCAUCUCCAAACUAAAAGCAAUUCACUACUCCACACCACACUGUGGGCUUCUACACUCAAAAUCCUGCAUGUGUCCUGUUCAUGGAACCUCUACUGAUAUCAAUGAGAGUUCAGUCCCCAGAAUGACUGCAGAAAGCACAAGAAUCUGGAAGUGUCCACAAACAAUCUACAAUGCAGAUAGAAAAGUCUUGUUUUACAUACGCUGGCAAAAACUAAACAGCUUUCUAUCUAGCUCCUACUUGAAGAAGUUUGAUAUCACUGAAGCUACAAGACAAGCUAACCUCCAAAGCUUAUGAAAUUAUAUUAAAAUUUAUAUUUUCUCUGAGGAAAUACCCCGAAGUCCUAUUAUCUUCAGGUAAACAAGUCAGUAUUCCGUCUUCAACUUG